AACAGUCCCUCACAAAUAUUCACCCAACUAAUUCAGCACUCCAAUUCCAUUUCAUACUCAUCAUAAUGAAUACAUUUUAUUCCUUUUUCCUAGUCUCUCUUCUCUUCUCCUACUGUUCGGCUGCAGAUUUCUGCGUCGGUGACAUAAAAUCGGCUCCAACUCCUGCCGGAUACCCUUGCAAGCCUGCUGCUAAAGUAACUGUCGAUGAUUUCGUGUUUUCCGGCCUUGGAGUUGCCGGAAACACGACUAGUAUCAUUAAUGCUGCAGUCACACCGGCAUUUGUUGAACAAUUCCCCGGUUUAAACGGGUUAGGCAUAUCCAUGGCUAGGUUGGACUUAGCUCCUAAUGGUGUUAUUCCAAUGCACACUCACCCUGCUGCAAAUGAGGUUUUGGUAGUCGUACAAGGUUCAAUCGUUGGUGGUUUUGUUUCAUCUGCAAGCAAAGUUUACCUGAAAACACUUAAGAAGGGAGAUACAAUGAUUUUCCCCAAGGGUUUGUUGCACUUCCAAAUUAAUGCUAGAGGUAUUAACUCGAUAGCUCUUGUGAGUUUCAGUGACCCAGAGCCAGGUCUUCAGAUUACCGAUUUCGCAUUGUUUGCUAAUGACUUGCCUACCGAAUUGGUCGCCAAAACUACUUUCCUUGAUCCGAAAACAAUUAAGGCACUCAAGGGUGUUCUUGGUGGUACCAAUUAAUCUAUGAUGUAUCUAGGAGAUUGUUCGUUUUAUCUUUUCGUUCGUUGCAAUGUUGGUUUGUUCUUCGAUAACCAACAAUUAUUCAAUUUGUGUAAUGGUUAAUUUUAUUGCGAACUACUUGUGUAACUCAAGUUGUCAAGUUGUUAAGUCUUUUAAUUUCUUUCAAUUGAAAUGCAUGUUUCUUUUAAUA